CUUUGAACUCAAAUGGAUUACUUCAAAUCAUUAGCUCAAGAGUUAUUCUCCACAAACUAUGAAACACCUCCAUCUUCAAUCCAAUUCAUAGAUGCUGCACUUUCUUGUACAAGUCCACAUUUUGCACCAUCAUACACAGAUCCUAACCAAAAACGUAUAAUUCGAAGACACCUCGUCUCUUUUCUUCAAGAUUAUAUCUCUUUCAAACCUUCCAUCGAUGCAUUCAUGCAUGACGAUGGCACUAGUGUCAACUUACUCAACGCGAAUGGAGAGUUGCAACUCUCUUCCUCCACCCCUUCAAUCCCUCUUACCAUUUGGUUACAUGAAAGUUACCCUUUUAUAGCUCCUAUUGUACUCAUGUCAACAAAUACUACUUAUCCAAUUUAUGAUAACCAUCCUUUUGUUGACUCUUCAUCAGGUUCUAUUUCAACAUUUUACUUAGUAAAUUGGAAGUACCCUGGCUGCAACCUCUCUGACCUUGUACACAACCUUGUCAACAUCUUUUCACAUAAUCAUCCUUUCUACUAUUCGCCUUCAACUAACGAUUUCUUUCACCCUUCUUUAGCUUCUAGGAGGGAGGCUAUAGACCGUCUCUCGUGCACACUUCACUAUGACAUGACAGAAUUACUCUCCAAGACUCAUGAAGAAGUUGAGGAGCUUUCAAGCCUUAAAGAACAUAUGGUUAGAAGGGUAAUUGUUGCUGAGUUUUCGGUUGAUGAGAGUGAAAAUGAAAUGACGGAGUUGAAGGAAAGGGUGAAAGUCUUGACAGAUGAAGCGGAUAAACUGUCGAGUUGGCUAAGAGAUAAGGAUCAAGAUUUAAGUCCAGAGGAGUAUAAAGUUGAGGAUGAAUUUGAAGCGAUUGACGAGAAUUCAAAGGUACUACUUGAUAGCAUUGCAGCAGAUAAAGCAACAGAGGAUUUGAUGUACUCUUUAGAUAAGGCAGUUGAGCAAGGUGUAAUGCCUUUUGGUACAUAUAUGAAACAAGUGAGACUUUUGGCCAAAGAACAAUACUUUGGUAGAGCCAAGCUUGAAAAAAUGGGAAUAUCUCUCGAAUGGCUUCAUUGAUAGAAAUUCCUCCGGGGCUAUAUGCAGAAGGCGAAGCCAGAAUUUGAAGUUUAUGGAUUCAUGAUUCUAAUUCUUUCAAAUUUCUACGUUCUGAAUUAAUAAUUCGUACAUAUUCAAUGAAUUUCUUGUUACAAAUUUAGAGUUUGAACCGCUAGCUUCGCCCCUAACUAUAUGUUUAGAAAGCCAAAGUUAAUGAAAUGCAUAUUUUCAUGAUUCA